AUGUACUCAACAAUCGUCGCGCCGGGCCCAGACCCUCUUCCCCAUAACCUUUCCUUAGAAGAACUUCGUCAAUAUGCCAAAUCAUCAGAAGAAUCGCCGGAGACUCGAAGACUCGCAGCUGCCCGAUUGGAGGACAAGCUUGCUUUUCUCAAGGCGGCCGAUGACUGGCUUCUUCAGCAUUGUUACGUCAAAGAGAACCUCGAAAUAGAGCGACUGUCAGGGGAGCGACUACCUCUUGAACAAUGCUACAUUAAUCUCAUGAUUAUACCUCACGCCAGGAACCAGACUUCUCGACUUUCAAAUCUUACACCCAACAACAAAAUCGCAAAUCUGUCUUUGUUUCGGCGGUUAAAUGUCCAGGGCUCUGACGGCGGCGUCAAAGUCAGAUUCCACGACAUUUUUAACACCGCCCGGUCUCACGGCGCGGCAUCAAAACACUCGACACGAAUCCUCAUUCGUGGUCAAGCAGGUGUAGGAAAGACGACUUUCUGCAAGAAAGCUGUUCACGAUUUUGUGCAGAACCAGGUCUGGAAGCAACAUUUUGAUCGCAUUCUCUGGGUCCGACUGCGGAACUUGCUGUCGCGCAACGGAUACAACCUUGAGGAGCUCUUUUGCCACGAGUUCUUCUCACAACAUCCAAAAUGCAGCGACCUUGCCGGAGCAUUACGGGAUGCAUGCACUGAUCCCGGUGGAGGUAGAACACUAUUCCUGCUCGACGGUCUGGAUGAGAUCUGGCAUUUGUUGCAGCCCGGCGACGACUUAGCACGAUUUGUCAUAUGCCUCCUAAAUCAACCCAAUGUGUUGGCACUAUCGCGUCCCUCUGUUCCAGUCCGAUCGAGCAUACAACCGUUUGACCUGGAAAUCGAAAUGAUUGGCUUUGGGACGGAUCAGGUUUACGAAUACGUCAAGCACAUGGAACCCGAAAGACAUAAAGACAUUCAGUCAUUCCUCUCGUCUCGCCCGCUCAUCGAAGACCUCGUCCGUAUCCCCAUUCAGCUCGAUGCCCUUUGCUAUGGCUGGGACCAAGUUCACAACCAGGGUCCUGAAACUAUGACGGACCUCUACCAGUCAAUUGAAAAAGGUCUAUGGAGAAAGGAUAUCGUACGUUUAGGAAAGUCAAAGACUGGGUCAGCUGUGACUGAGGGCGACAAAGUAUCUGACCCUGAUGUUGAAGAGCUGAUCGAAAACGAAAAAAGAUUAAUUGAACAACUUGCAUUCACUGGAUUGUGUAAUAACAUUGUCGAGUUCCAAGACAAACACGUCAAUAUUAUUUGCCGAUACAUCAGCAUACACUCCACCUUGGUCGAUAAGACCUUACCGAAGCUUUCCUUUCUACGGACAUCAGACUCAUCAGUCGGAAAACCGAGUCGUACCUAUCACUUUCUGCAUCUGACUCUACAAGAAUACUUCGCCGCCCGGUACUUUGUGCGCAUUUGGCUGCAGAACAACAAGGCGGAUCUUGUUUGCAUCAACUUCGACCAAAAUGAGAAAUUGCAUGCAAGCACCUCAUCUCAUACAGCCAUGAAACCGAAGGACUUCUUUGCUCAAAAAAAAUACUCAUCUCGCUAUAACAUCAUGUGGCGUUUUGCUACGGGACUAUUGCAUUCAGGGAGGAAUGGCUCCGAUGAACUGGCGUUGCACUUUCUCCAGGCCAUGGACACUAAGCCACUCGAUCUAAUAGGCGUAGCUCAUCAGAGACUGACAAUGCACUGCCUCGCGGAACUGCGUUCUUCAAUAUCAUCUGAAAGACUCAAAAGCCAUAGAAGCCGACUUGAGGCUCAUUUAGUGAGAUGGGUUACUUUCCAAGCUCAAAGCAGGAAGCUCAAAGAGGGUACAUUAGCCGACGAACCCGAGUUCCCCAACAAGACACAUUUAAUGAUGUUACAAAAUGAGGACCCUGUCACCUUCCGGACCGCAUUAAUGGCUUAUAAGAAGAGGAUGCGCUCCGGGUCCCGGGUUCCGCUCGAAUUUGUGCAUGUCUUGACAUGUCGGCUCAGAAAGGCUGACUUUGAGAAGACACAAAAGUAUGGCGGACCCUUACUUGAGAAUGAUGUCUCUAUGAUAAUAAAAUCUCUUGGUCCGCCAGAAUACUGGACAGAAAGUGUAAAACUUGCAUUAAGUCUGAGUCUUGAAAAUCGGAACCCUUGGGUCGCAUCUGGUAUUCUUUCUGCUCUGAACGACUAUCCAGAGAUCAUAGCGUCUUACAUCGAAGCUAUCUCUACCAUUCUGGACUCUGACGAUGCUAGUCUAAGAUGGCGGACCAUGGUAAGGUUGAGCGGACAGAAGAACCUUCCUCAAUCGACUCUUGACCGCAUGGCAAAGUUUCUUUGCAGACCAGACGAGACACGUCUCGCAAGAGAAAGAGUGCUUGAGAUCCUGACGGCUGAGUCUUACUGGACCAAAUAUCUGACUCUGAAGGCAAAAGAGGAUGAAGGUGGUGAGAAACUAGGGGACGACUCAGUGGAUCUUGUGAAGACUGGCUUUAAGCUCAUCGAAUACGGAAACCUAGAGAAUGCGGCUAUUGCAACCUUGGCACUUGGUUACCAAGACCAGCAACUACCGAGAAAGGCUAUCAACAAGGUCUUGACGAACCUUUUACGAAAUGAUGUAGUUAUUAGACUGGCUUCUUUGGAUGCAUUAGCUCGUCAGACAAAUCUUGGGAUUGAAGAUCUAAGAGCCGUUUCUGAUCGUUUGGAUAAUCCGAACCGUGCGGUACAGCUUGCUGCCGUCAAAGCCCUUGAGGGGCGAAGUGAGCUAUCACGCAUGGAUGAUACGCUAUGCUCCCUUGUCAAGUUUUUGAGGGUCGGGUCUUUGGAUAUCGACUCAGAAAUACGACUGAUAGUGGAGAGAAUUUUGCGAUACCAAGAGUUCCUACCCGUGAGAGUGAUGGAACUUAUGAUCUGCUGUUUCAACGAUGAGACUACUACACAAACAGGGCGCCAAAAGCCCUUAUUUAUCCCCGGAGGGUUCUCAGAUGUUAUGCCGCCAUUCCCAGAAGCGGCACUCAAUAAAGCCAUCUUGUAUCUUCGAUCUGAUCAUCGGAAGAUCCGGCGGGGGGCGCUAUUGUUGUUCGACGGUCAAUUAAAACUUCCUGAGACCGUGUUAAGAGCAAUUAUUGAGUGUCUGGUGGACGAUUACGAGCCCAUACGUCGGCAAGCGAUGAAAACCUUGGAGAGUCACCGAUCGGAUUUAAAUGAGCGACUUUACUCGGCUAUAGACUACCAUCUGGAUGUCGAAGAUGGAACGAAGAGAGACUUGGUGUUCCAUACCGCUUACAGAACAGCCGGUUGUGCGGAAGCUGUACUGCGAACCAUUGAAAAAGCUCUACUUGAUAAAGAUAAUCUGAUACGACUCAAUGCUCUUACAUAUUGGAUCCAGCACCCAGACAUUCCCGGCAGACUUCAUGAGGCUGUGGCAGCCUGCUGUGAGGCCCUAACACACAAACACCCCAAAGGAAGGCAUGACAUGAUUAAGAUGCUUUCUCGUGAGGCCAGGAGAUUCUUCCCUGACACGAGGAUCCUUUAUGCUCUUGCGGAAUUUCUUAACGAUGACGACGUGGAUAUCCGGCGAGAUACAGUCAGUUAUCUUUCGCGGCAUCCGAACGUACCUCCCAGAAUAACUGCCCGGAUAGCCUCGAAGAUUUCAGAAUUUCCGGAUGAUAUUUUCCAAUACACAUCAUCAAUGACCAUUCUUCUACAACAUAACGAUGCUUAUGGAGCGACGUUAGCUAGAGCUAAAGUGGAUGAACAGCUCAAAUUUCUUCUCGAGAGGUCAGAUACGAUGCAUAUUGCGUGGUAUAUGAGGAAUGGGCAGAGCCUGAUUGAAACGGGUAGUGGUGUGAUGUAUAAAGAGUUGGAGAAUCCCAGGGCUUUUGCGAAUGCGAUUGAGAAGGCUAGGAAGAAGGCGGAGAUGCCUGAUGUUGUGGCAAGGGUGCCGUGGCAGUGGAUGGGAUUUGAGUGGUGA